GGCAUUCUGCAUACUGGCUAGUGUGAUAGGGGAAAAAAGGCCGGGGAGCUGUUCGCAACUGUUCUGCUACUUGGAUGGGAUAGGCGAUGCGUAUCGGACGUAUGGGGGCCUAACAUGGUGGAAAUAUGAUGAGCAGUUUCGGCAACGCUUGGCGGCCAACCCUACCAUGCGGUGGGACCAAAUGGACCUGCCGCUAUGGAUGAGGAUUAUGAUGGCACAGAAGGCUGCGCCCUUUCUCGGGGCAGCUGGGACAGCCUCAGGCGUGGCCGUGCCAGCGGGACAAAAGAAGGGCCUGUGCUGGACGUACAACGAGGGUCAAUGCAAGUGGGGUACUUCAUGCCGAUUUAGGCACGAGUGUUCGGGCUGCGGAGGGAAUCCCGGCGCCAGCAGAUGCUUCAAGAAAGGUAAGCUUAAUGCAGUGGGUGGAACCGCAGGGGUGGCGGCCACCUCGGCUGCAACUGGGGGCGUCCCCAGUGAGGUUAGGCGCGAUGUUGCCUUGGCUAAGGCAAUACGCUAACCAGGAGGAUGCAGCGUUCCUGUGGCGGGGUUUUAGGGAGGGCUUCGUGAUCCCCUUCACGGUUAAGGAACCAGGGGCGGUUUGUGCCAAUCUUAAAUCGGUGCGGGAACGCCCGGAGGUAGUGCGGGAAAAGCUGGCCAAAGAGGUCCUUUUGGGGAGGAUGGCGGGGCCGUUCCCGUACCCGCCUCUAGCAGAGUUGCGGAUAUCCCCACUUGGAGUGGUCCCCAAAAAAGAGGCUGGCAAAUUCAGGUUGAUUCAUCACUUAUCGUAUCCUAAAGGGUCAUCGGUGAAUGAUGACAUCGACGCAGCACUCUGUUCAGUAUCUUACACAUCAUUCGACAGGGCAGUCGAGUUGGUACGGAGAGCUGGGCGGGGAGCGCUGAUGGCGAAGGUGGACGUGGAGGCAGCGUUUCGGCUGCUUCCCAUACACCCGUCAUGUCAUCACCUCUUGGGGUGUUGUUUUGAAGGGGGCUUCUUUGUGGAUCUGUGCUUGCCGAUGGGUUGUUCCAUCUCGUGCGCCUAUUUCGAGAAGUUUAGCACUUUUCUGGAAUGGGUAGUGCGACGGGAAUCGGCCGGGGGCACGGUUGUGCACUACCUGGACGACUUCUUAUGUGUCGGCCCUCGAGGCUCAGACCGGUGCAAGCAGAUACUACGGGUGUUCCAAUGGGUAGCGCAGACGAUGGGGGUUCCUUUGGCGGAGGACAAGACCGUGGGACCCGCCACGUGUCUCAGUUUUCUGGGUUUGGAGAUCGAUUCGGAGAUCGGGGAAUGUAGAUUACCACAGGACAAGUUGCACAAACUGAAAGAUUUGGUUCACACAAUCGGGAGAGCACGGAAGGUGACGCUGAGGGGCUUACAGUCUCUGGUAGGGAGCCUGAACUUUGCGUGCAGGGUCAUACCCAUGGGGAGGGUUUUCUGUAGACGGUUGGCGCGGGCGACGAGCGGGAUACGGAUGCCGUCACACUAUGUCAGGGUUUCCGCGGACAUGAAGGCGGACUUAGAGGUGUGGGAUCGUUUUUUGAGGGACUUCAAUGGCAAGGCCUUUUUUCGGGAGCAAGUGGUGUCUUCGGAAGCAGUGGGGCUGUUUACGGACGCUUCGGGCAGCGUGGGGUUCGGGGCUUACUUUUCGGGGCAGUGGUGUGCCGAGGCAUGGCCCGAGGCAUGGAAGGCGAGCCCAUUGAUCAAGAAUCUGGCAUUUCUGGAACUCUUCCCUGUGGUGGUUGCGGUAGCGUUGUGGGGAGCUGAAUUAGCAAACAAGCGAGUCGUGUUUUAUUCGGACAAUAUGGCCGUGGUGCAGGCAAUCAAUAGUUUGUCGGCAUCUUCGCUUCCGGUCUUAUGCCUACUGCGGCAUUUGGUGCUCCUCUGCAUGUCUUCCAAUUUAGUAUUCAGGGCUAGGCACAUUCCGGGAUUCUCAAAUGUGGUGGCUGAUGCGCUUUCUCGUUUUCAGUGGGAUCGUUUUCGGGAAGCGGCUCCAGAGGCACGGGAAUACGGGCAGGCCUGCCCAGACGAGAUGUGGCGACUCGGGACAUCGUGCUUGGGGAAUACAUAAAGAAAUCAUUGGCACCGAGCACGUGGUCAUCUUAUGCUAAGGUUUGGAAGGAAUGGGAGGAAACUGUUGAGGAGGUAGGUGGGGACCUUUCGGAGGGCCAUAGGCUGGAUGUCUUCCUAUGGUUGUUGUGCCGGUUGUUUGCAAAGGGGGCUUCGCCGGCCAUGGUGGACAGGCAUAUGUCCGCCUUGGCUUUCUGGUUUAAAUUCCAAGGGUGGGAAGAUUUGACAAAGCAUUUCUUGGUUCGGCAAGCGGUUCGGGGUUUUCGGAGGGGAAAGGCGUCGACGGACGUUAGGAGACCGGUGUCUUUUGCGGUUUUACAAGGUUUGGUGGGAACGUUGCCGGAGUUAUGUUCCUCGCCAUUUGAGGUGGUCCUUUUUUCUGGUGCGUUUGUCUGGGCGUUUUUCGGGGCGUUUCGGAUCGGGGAGCUGGUUAGCACCAACAAAGCGGGAGUUGGUGGCUUGCAGCGCAGUGAUGUGGAAGUUAAGAGUGAUCGCGUGCAGAUUAGGUUGGGCCGAUCGAAAACUGAUGUUUUCGGCAAAGGCUGCUCCGUGGUGCUGUUCGAAUUGCCGGGGUCAGGGUUGUGCCCGGUGGCCUGCGGAUCAGGGUACCUGGGGAUCCGUCCUAACGUUAGCGGUUGUUUUUUCCUGCACGCUGACGGCACGGCGCUGUCACAGUUUCAAUUCAUUAGGAUUUUUCGUUUGGGCUUAGUGAAGCUGGGCCUGCAGCCCAUGCAAUUUGGGUCGCAUUCGUUCCGUAUCGGUGCGGCUACGGAGGCGGCACGCUUGGGUUUGGGUGACGAGCGGAUCAAGAGGAUUGGAAGGUGGGAAUCCGUGCGGUUUCGCUCGUAUGUGAGGCCUGACGGGAUGGUGGAGCUUUGAGGGGAUAAAUGGCCGGGACUGGGGGACACUGGCACUGCGGUGUAAUUAAUUUUGUCUCUUUUCAGGUUGGAAUGUUUGGUUGCUGGGACACUCGUUCGUAUAUUGGGCACAGAAGAGGGCCGCAGUUCGGAGACAAGGAACACAACUGGGCUUUCCUCUGGAACGGGCGGUCUUAUCCUGGUUUGGUUUUUGAGGUUUUAGUUGGCAGAGCUUGAGUAAUGUUUUAUUUCAAAAGGUGGCAAGGGGUCCGGUUCCGGAUGUGGUAGUGGUGCACGGUGGGGGGAAUGACUUAGGGCUGAUUCCACAACGGGAACUGUUGCGGCGAAUGAAGAGGGACAUGGAUCGGCUACGGGAGCUGGUCCCUGACGUGGUGGUGGUGUGGUCCGAGAUGGUGCCUCGUUUUACAUGGCGGCACGCCAGGGACCCUGCUGCAGUGGCACGAUGCAGGGGGAAGAUUAAUAGAGCUAUGGAAGUAUUUGUUAAUCGGAUGGGAGGAGUAGUGGUGAGGCAUCGGGAACUGGAGGGCAUGUUGCCAGGUUAUUUUAGGAGGGAUGGAGUACACCUGUCAGAGGUGGGGUGUGACUUGCUGAACUUGGGGUUCCAGGAGGGCAUAGCACGAGCCCUGUUUCAGUGUGGUGGGGGUCGCACAUGGUCUUAAGGGGUCAAGACAAGUGCUGUGGCGGAACAGGGCGUGGUUAAGUUGGAAGUUAUCAGGGAAUUGGAACUGUACAGGCCAGGGCCUAGGCUGAAGUAGGCCAGACGGUGUCAUGGUUGGUAGGUUCUAGCUCUUCGGUGGCGACGAACCUGGGGGUGUAGGGGUGUCUGGGUACACCCCUACAGUUAUCAUUAUGAUAUGGGGCCUCGUUGGUAGGCCGGAUGUUUAAAAGUUUAUUGGUAAUUGAUGUUAAUUAUUGUUCAUGUGGUAGGGUCAUUGUCAGGGGAUUGUGCGGGGGGAUAAUAAAUAAUGUCAUUUAUGACAAUGACCCUAAAUAUGUUAAUUUAUUCAUAUUAAUAAAGCUGUGGACGUUAUACUCCAACAGUAUUAAAUGUGUCCGUGUAUUAUUAAAGUUAAAGUUUAUAGCACAUGCCGAAUAACGACAGUGCAAAUGUCAAGGAGAUUGUGUGUGUGUGUGUGUGUGUAGAGGAGUCAGAGUGUAUAUAGAGAUCUAGUGUGUGUAUGUGUGUGCAGAGUAGAUGAUCCAGAGUUGGGUAAGGGAUCUAGCAUGUAUCUGGAGCAUAAUGUGUUUAGUUUUCUUUGUCUGUUAACUCACUGAGGGUGAUUUUAUAUAAGAUGUGUUAAGUCUUGGUGCAGAAAGGAGGGUUUGGGGUUUUUAGAGCACUGGGCCGACUUUGCAAUUGGGUACAACCUUUAUAGUGGUGAUGGAUUGCACCUAAACGGGAGAGGGUCUGCAGUGCUGGGGGAUAGGAUGGCUAGAAGGUUGGAGGAGAUUUUAAACUAGUAGUAGGGGGGAGGGUCAUAGCAAUCUACAAAAUGGAGAUAGGACAGAAAGGAGAUGGGCUUUAGCACAGUAUAAGGGGGGUGGAAACGGGGGGAGGGGCAAGCUCAGAACAGAGAAGCUGUGUAAUGUUGAAAAUUCACAAAAUAUACAAGUGACGCAUAAUAUUAAAUGUAUGCUUACUAAUGCAAGGAGCCUAAAUAACAAAAUGGGGGAACUAGAGGCAUUAGCAUACACUAAACAAUAUGAUAUAAUAGGCAUAACUGAAACAUGGUGGGAUGAGACACAUGACUGGGCAGCUAACUUAAAUGGGUACAUGUUAUUUAGGAAGGAUAGGAAAAACAAGAAGGGUGGUGGGGUAUGUUUGUAUGUCAAACAUGAUUUAAAGCCAAAUGUUAAGCAAAUGGAAUGCGAGGAGGAUAAUGUGGAAGCUUUAUGGGUAAAUAUCUGCUUGGGGGAAAAGAAGGGAAACCAACUAUUGGUUGGGAUAUGUUAUAAACCACCUAAUGUUAAUAUUGGCGAGGAACAACAGCUGUUUGAGCAAAUUGAGAAAGCUGCAAAUCUGGGUAACACUUUAAUUAUUGGAGAUUUUAAUUACCCGGAUAUAAAUUGGGACAGAGGGACUAGUGCCUCAGCAAAGGGAAUUAGGUUUUUAAACUUGUUAAAUGACACCUUCAUGUCACAACUUGUACAAGCACCAACUAGAAUGGAUGCUUGUCUGGACCUGGUUUUAACAAACAACGUUGAUCUUUUGACCAACAUUCAAGUAGGUGAGCACUUGGGAAAUAGUGAUCACAAUAUAGUGUCCUUUGAAAUAAACUCAAAAAAAAACAAAAGCACAUGGGGAAUACUAAAACAUAUAAUUUUAAAAAGGCCAAUUUCAAUAAGUUAAAGGAAGCUUUACAAUAUAUUGACUGGCAUAAACUCUUUAGUGAAAAGAACACUGAGGAUAAAUGGAUCAUCUUCCAACAAAUAUUACAAAGGUACAUUUCUCAGUAUGUACCGUUGGGAAAUAAAUAUAAAAGAAACAAAUUAAAACCAAUGUGGCUUAGUAGAGAAGUAAAACAAGAGAUUACAACUAAGAGAAGGGCAUUUGAAGCAUUUAAAAUCGGACAAAUCAGAUGCAUCUUAUAAAAGAUAUAAGGAUGCAAAUAAUGCGUGCAAAAAGGCAAUUAGACUUGCUAAACUUCAAAAUGAAAUAAUGAUAGCUGAAGAGAGCAAAACCAACCCCAAAGCAUUUUUUAAGUACAUAAAUUCUAAAAAAAAACAAAAUGAAAGUGUAGGUACACUAAAAACUGAAACGGGGGUGUUAAUUAAUGAAGACCAGGAAAAGGCAGGAGUUUUAAAUAACUAUUUCUCCUCUGUAUAUAUUAAGGAAGAACCCAUGGUAAUAGAUGUGCAAAUGAUUGCUACUAAAAACUUGCAGAAUAAUUGUAAUUGGUUAACUCAAGACAAGGUGCUGCGGCAACUAAAGAAAGUUAAUAUAAACAAAGCUCCAGGGCCUGACGGUAUCCAUCCACGUGUACUUAAGGAACUAAGUGCAGAAAUAAGUGAACCUCUGUUUUUGAUCUUUCAAGAUUCUUUUCUUUCAGGAAGUGUUCCGGAGGAUUGGAGGAAGGCAGAUGUGGUUCCUUUAUUUAAAAAGGGUUCAAAAUCCUUGCCUGGAAAUUAUAGACCUGUGAGCUUUCAAAUAUUUGAAAGGUUAUUAAGGGAUAUUAUUCAAGAAUUCCUUGAGAAGAACAUGGUUAUCAGCAAAAAUCAGCAUGGUUUUAUGAAGCACAGGUCAUGUCAAACUAACUUGAUUGCGUUCUACGAAGAAGUAAGUAGAAGUAUAGAUCAGGGUGUUGCCAUGGAAGUGAUCUAUUUGGAUUUUGCCAAGGCAUUUGAUACAGUUCCACACAAUAGAUUAGUGUUCAAACUCAAGGAAAUCGGUCUAGAUGAAAAUGCUUGUUCUUGGGUAGAACAUUGGCUUAAAAACAGAGUACAAAGAGUUGUCAUUAAUGGUAAAUUUUCAAGCUGGACAGAGGUGGCAAGUGGUGUCCCUCAGGGGUCUGUUCUGGGACCCCUUCUAUUUAACAUGUUUAUAAAUGAUCUUGAAGACCGCAUUGAAAGUCAUGUUUCAGUGUUUGCAAAUGACACCAAACUUUGUAAAACAAUACAAUGUGAGCAAGAUAUUACUUUGCUGCAGAGGGAUUUAGAUAGACUGGGGGACUGGGCACUCAAAUGGCAGAUGAAAUUUAAUGUUGAAAAAUGCAAAGUUAUGCACUUCGGCGUAAAGAAUACACAAGCAACGUAUACCCUUAAUGGAAGCGAAUUAGGGAUAACAACACAUGAAAAGGACUUGGGAAUUGUUAUAGACAACAAACUAUGCAACAAUGUGCAAUGUCAAUCAGCAGUGGCCAAGGCCAGUAAGGUAUUGUCAUGCAUGAAAAAGGGCAUUCAUUCUCGGGACAAGAAUAUAAUUUUGCCUCUUUAUAAAUCACUGGUAAGACCCCAUAUUGAAUAUGCUGUGCAAUUUUGGGCACCUGUUCUAAAGAAGGAUAUUAUGGCACUAGAAAAAGUGCAGAGGCGGGCUACAAAAUUAAUAAAAGGAAUGGAACAUAUCGGCUAUGAAGAAAGGUUAACAAAUUUAAACCUAUUUAGUUUAGAAAAACGUCGCCUGAGAGGGGAUAUGAUAACAUUAUACAAAUAUAUUCGGGGCCAAUACAAACCAUUGUGUGGAAAUCUAUUCACAAACCGGACUUUACAUAGGACACGAGGCCAUGCGUUUAGACUGGAAGAAAGAAGAUUUCGUCUUAGGCAAAGGAAAGGUUUUUUUACUGUAAGAACAAUCAAGAUGUGGAAUUCUCUGCCUGAAGAAGUGGUUUUAUCAGAGUCCAUACAGAUGUUCAAACAGCUACUAGAUGCAUACUUGCAAAAACAGAAUAUUCAAGGAUAUAAUCUUUCAAUGUAGGGUAAUAACUGCUUGAUCCAAGGAUAAAUCUGACUGCCAUUCUGGGGUCAAGAAGGAAUUUUUUUCCUAGCUUGUUGCAAAAUUGUGCUUCAAACUGUGUUUUUUUGCCUUCUUUUGGAUCAACAGCAAAAAACAAAUGUGAGGUAGGCUGAACUUGAUGGACGCAAGUCUCUUUUCAGCUAUGUAACUAUGUGGGCAAACACGAAAUACAGCUGCUGGAAUGAUUAGAAAAGCUCCCGCUAAAUAGACACUGAUUAUAUAAGCAUGAUACUUCAACCUGAUAGGACCGUUUUAACCAUUAUGAAAAUCUGAAAUAACUUAGGUUUACCUAUGUAGUUAUUUCAAUUCACAUUUGUGUGGUUGUUGUCAUGACUGAUUUUGGCCUGUAGAUGGUAGUUUGAGGGAAAGUUUGUGAAGUAGUUUGUCCGAGUAUGCCCCUGUUCAGUAGUUAUAGCUGUUCCCUUGAGCUUGUGAUUCCCCCAUGUGUCUUAUGGUUGAAAUGACCCGUUUGUGCAUAGAGGUUUGUGCCUGUUUGUAGUUUAGACCAUAUAAGUGCAUUCGUGUGGUUCUCGUUCGUAUAAUUUAAGCUUUUGUGUGAGCUGUCCAUUCGUGUGAGUUAGCCUUUUAUUUGAGUUUAGCCAUACGUGCGUGAGCCAUUCGUGUGUUUUAGCCAUUUCGUGUGGUUUAGUUGUUUCGUGUGAUUAGCUGUUUCGUAAGGUUUUAGCCGUUUCGUGAGGUCUUAGUCGUUUCGUGAGGUUUUAGCCGUUAGUAUGGUUUGGUCGUUCGUAUAGUUUGGUCGUAUGAGUGAAUUAGUCGUUCUUGUGAGUUUAGCCGUUCAU